CCGUCGUGGAUGGUGGUUUCGCGUGUGGUGGCACUGGCGGAGAUAGCAUCCACGGGACCCCUCUACGACGACGACGGAGCAUUUGUCGUCCUCUGGCAUCUCGUGUAACCUUGUCGAGGACAACCACCACCAGUCCAUGAACGUCAGUGUCAAAUCUCCCCGCGCAAGCGCGAAACCCGGGGCGCGGUCUGUUGUACCCUCGGAUUCGCUCCCGUCGCGGCGCAGCGUCGUUGAGUUACCCCCAAACGCCCGCCGCAACUUCCGCCAGCGCCACCGCGCCGCCAAAGCUCUGGACCAGCCUCGGAAUGCCGUGGGGGCGUUCGUCACACACAUCAAAGUCGAGCUGUUUUUCAUAUCAAUUGUCAUUUGCUACGGCAUCUUUGUGCUAGUGCAAAUGACGUUCGAGUCGCAGCUCAAGGUAUAUCAAGACGAGUUUGACUUGGUGGACCUCGUCGUGAGCUCAGUGCUGACAGUGGAAUUACUCUUGCGGCUCUUUGGGUUUGGGUUUGUCAUGCUCUUGAGUUUCUGGAACUGCUUUGACGCAGUGGUCGUGGUCGGGACGUUGGUCCUAAGUCUGUGGAGCUUCACGUCGGCCAACGGCACGGGAGCCGCCCUCGCGACGCUGCUCCGCAUGCGCCCGAUCCUUCGCAUCUUCCGCAUCGUCGUCGUCUUCGAGCGCAUCAAGCAGCGGUCCGCAGCCCUCAAGCACGCGCAUCGCGGCAGCACCCUCCAAACCCCCAUCGAAACCGUGCUCGGGACGUUGUAUGAGCUACGGUACCAACCGUCGAUCAAACCGAGCGUGCAAAACGAGAUCGACUAUGCUAUCUACUGCAUCAAGAACAACAAAUUGUACGACGCCGGAGAGCACAUGCUGAAUGGUCAAAACAUCGAUAAAGACACGCAAGACUGGCUCCGAGACGGGCUCCUCCGAAAGAACGACGCGUCCGCUGUAACGCCGUCGCCAGCCGCCACGGACGUCGGGGGCGGUGACGACGGCAAGGCCGGACGCCCGGGAGGAGGCGGCAUCGGCAGCCUCCGGAAAGAAAACUCGGGCAUCACCGACGAGCUAUUUCCCCUCACCGAGUCAGCCCGAAGUCACUUUAACGACCUCAUGACCACAGUGGCCGACUGGGACUUUGAUGUGUUUCGCCUCCAAGAGGUGACCAAAGGCAAUGCGUUGACACAUAUGGGGUACUUUUUGCUGCGGGAUUUGGUAGAGGAGCAUUUGCUCUUAGACGCGCACACACUUGCGGUGUUUCUCAUCGAGAUCCAGCAAGGGUAUAUCAUGGUGAACCCGUACCACAACGCCAUGCACGCAGCGGACGUGAUGCAAACAUCCAACUACUUUUCCACGCGAAAUACCAUCUCGCCCUUCUUGCGGCCGCUGGAUCGAACGCUCGUGCUGUUGGCUGCGUGCAUACACGACUACAAACACGACGGGUUCAACAACGGGUUUCAUAUUGCCUCGGGGUCCGAGUUGGCGAUUCGCUACAAUGACACAGCGGUGCUGGAAAACUUUCAUGUCGCGCAAGCGUUUUUGACCAUGAAGAGUGCCGGCUGCAUGCUGUUUGCCAAGCUCAAUCUCGACGAUUACAAGUACAGCCGAGACAUGCUGAUCCAGCUCGUGUUGGGCACGGACAUGGCCAAGCACUUUGAAGACGUGGCGUUGUUCAAGGCCAAUAUCAUGCCGCAAUCGCUGGACGAACGCAUGGAGAUCAAAACUCUCGGCGACAAGAAAAUGCUCAUGAAGAUGAUCAUCCAUACGUCGGAUGUGUCGAACCCGGCCAAGACACGCAUGACGAUGCUGCGGUGGACCGAUCGAGUUGUGGACGAGUUUUUCGGCCAGGGGGACAAGGAGAAGACGCUAGGGCUGGUCGUGUCGCCCUUUAUGGACCGCACGACCUUAGCUCUGAAGAAGAUGCAGCUCGGGUUCGCCGACUUUGUCGUGAGCCCGUUGUUUCACGUGUGGAGCAACAUCUCGGACCAGGUGCAGGCAGACGGGUACUCGACACUUCUGGACAACCGCGAGUGGUGGAACCAGCGGGAAGACAACUUCAAGCACUCGCAGAUCAAGGGUGUAGUCAAGGACCUGCAGCAGGAUGCGAACGUGGCGUCCGGCCUGCUGUCACACAAGACGUCGGGGGGGUCGUCUCGGGGGCUGUCAAUGGUGCGGGAAGGGGACGGCGGGACACGGGCGCCCGUGUCGCAAACCGACUCGGACGGCGGCGGGUCGCACAAGUUGGAGCUCGUGGUGAAAGAAACCAAAGAAACCAACAAAGGGGGGGGGGAAGGGGGACCUACGACGGCCACGACGCCGUAGGGGGCAGAAACGUGUGUGAAUAGAAGAACAUCGUAGGAGGAUUGAAUAGAAGUAGUAGCACGUAUACAGGAUGCAAUAAGCUAUUUACAGAGCACUCGAAUGUACCAAUCUAUAAGAAGCUAAACGUGCA